AUGCAGUUAUCAAUUACUUCUGCCGGUGGAAUUUUAUCAUUGCUGGAUGAAAAUACAGAAAAAGGUCCAGUUUAUGCCCUUCAUCGUUUAAAUGCCAUCGUUGAUGUCUUCUGGCCAGAAAUUAGUGAUUCGAUUUCUAAAGUUGAAUCACUCUACGAAGAUGAAAAUUUCAAACAUCGGGAAUUAGCGGCACUUGUCUCAUCGAAAGUUUACUAUCAUUUGGGUUCGCUCGACAAUGCUCUUACAUAUGCACUUGGAGCUGGACAUUUAUUUGAUGUCAAUGACAAAACCGAAUAUGUUGAAACCAUCAUUGCUCAUUGUAUUGAUAAAUACACAAAAUUACAAGUAGAAAAAUUUCAAUCAGAUGGUACAGCGCAUGUACAAAUAGAUCAACGACUUGAAAAUAUUGUUAAUCGAAUGUUCCAACGAUGUUUCGAUGAUAAAAAAUACAAACAAGCUAUCGGUAUUGCACUCGAAACACGCCGUAUAGAUAUAUUCGAAAAGGCAAUUAAAGAAGCGAAUCAAUCGAAUGAAAUGCUUACUUAUGCAUUUAAAAUUACCAUGCAAUUAUUACAAAAUCGAAAAUUUCGUACUGUUGUCUUACGCACACUCGUUCGUCUAUAUCUUAGUUUACAAAUACCUGAUUUCAUUAGUGUUUGUCAGUGCUUAAUCUUUCUGGAUGAUCCUGACCAAGUUGCUGAUAUUCUGCAAACUCUUGUCCGUGGUACAACGGAUCAAAUGCUGAUGGCCUAUCAAAUCGGUUUUGAUUUAUAUGAAAGUGCAACGCAACAAUUCUUGAAUAAAAUUCAAGAUGCAUUACGUGUUCAAGCACCAAUUCCAAUCAUUCUUGAUAAACAACAAAAUAAAGAUGAGCAACAAGGUGCUAGUAAUGAAUCGAUGGAAACCAAUCAAGACGAGUCAAGUAGACAGUCAGCUGAAGAGUCGACUGUACCGAAGGAUAAACAAUCUUUGGAACAAGAGCACAAGGAAAAAGUUAACAAUUUGUCGCAAGAAGAAAAAAAACUGCAAGAAUGUAUUGAGAACAUCUUAAAUAUUCUUAGUGGUGAAGUAACUAUUGGUGUACAUAUGCAAUUUUUGAUCAAGAAUAAUCAUGCGGAUUUGUUAAUUCUCAAGCAAAUCAAAGAAGCUGUGCGAAAUUCAGUCUGUCACACAGCUACUGUUAUUGCCAAUGGUUAUAUGUUAUCCGGCACUACGAGUGACCAAUUCUUUCGUGACAAUCUUGAAUGGCUCGCUCGUGCAACAAAUUGGGCGAAAUUUACAGCUGCUGCAAGUUUAGGUGUUAUUCAUAAAGGUCACAUCAAGGAAGCACUAAAUCUGAUGAGUGCUUAUUUACCGAAAGAUUCAACCGGCAACUCGCCCUAUGCUGAAGGUGGCGGUUUGUAUGCACUUGGUCUUAUUCAUGCUAAUCAUGGAGGGGAUAUUAUUGAUUAUCUUAUCAAUCAAUUACGUUCAAAUUCAGCACAAACGGAUACGGUUCGUCACGGUGCUUGUCUUGGUUUGGGCUUAGCCGCUAUGGGCACAGCACGCAGUGAUGUUUAUGAAUUGUUAAAGUCGAAUCUAUUGCUCGAAGAUGCUGUUGCUGGUGAAGCAGCCGGCUUAGCCAUGGGUCUUGUCAUGCUUGGCACAGGUUCCGCACAAGCCAUCGAUGAUAUGGUUCAAUAUGCGCAAGAAACCCAACGUGAAAAGAUUUUACGUGGUUUAGCAAUUGGUAUUGCACUCGUUCAAUAUGGUCGUUUAGAAGAAGCUGAUGCAUUGAUUGAACAACUUCAACGUGAUAAAGAUCCGAUCUUACGGCGUUCAGCUAUGUAUACGGUUGCAAUGGCUUAUUGUGGUACAGGUAACAAUGCUGCUGUACGAAAACUUCUUCAUGUUGCGGUUAGUGAUGUUAAUGACGAUGUUCGUCGUUCAGCCGUUGAAUCACUUGGAUUUCUGAUGUUCCGGUAA